GAAGCUCAAUUGUUUUUGGAAAUGUGAGAUGGAACAUUUUGUGACCGAUUUCUUUCGCAUUGGCGCGAUGUUUUCAAAGGUAAGGCAGCUAACAAUUUUAAUUUCCUAUAAUUUUGCAAGCAAACAACAUUGCUUUUUGUCAUCACAACAUCAUUCACUGGUUAGAUAAUCUUGUCGAGGCAUCACUCACGCUCAGUGAAUAUUCAAGCGUGUAUACCCCUCGAAAUUGAGUGUUUCGAGAGGGUCUUCUUCAUGGACAUUUAGUUCAAUAUGGUGUAUAAUGUAAACACUUGCCUCGGGGCAAAACGCUAUCAACAAUAAUUACCAUUUGCUACGAAAUUAAUGAGCAGAGGUGGAAAGUUUAUUUUUUUUAUGGUUUCGGAAUGUGUGAUUCGUGAACGGGUUGCCAAAAACGUGAAAAAAAAACAACAACUUUGUUUGGAAGACAUGCUGGUUUAUUAUUUACCCACUGAUACGAAACUUUUCCGUUUGUCGUUCUGCUGAAAUUUUUUCGAGAGCUCUCGCAACUGAGGGCGAAAGUAUAAAGGACAAAGAUGAAGUUUACCGGAUCAAAUACUGAUCGGAUGUUUUACAAUACAGCAAUUUGUUAGCGCUGGAGUAAGCCAUCUCACAAAGUCGCUAAACCUUAUUUCAUUAUAGGCGAGAUUAAUUUUAAGGAAGCUGUGCCUAUUGUGAAUAGAUGAUAACGUGAAAACCACAAAAGAACGCCCCCUCGAAGAUAACAACCAUUGCAGGGACUUAACGGCAUGACGUUAUGACAAAUUGUAAUGAAUCAGUAACGGCUGGAAACCAUUGUAUGCCGUAAAAUUUUUGUCCUCGUGGUGUGGAUUCUCAACGCAAAUGCAAACAAUACUUACAUCCUUCACGGCUGAAGAAGUAGGCAACAGGUAUCGUGACAAAACUGAAUUGUGAAUCGCUUUACCGAAAAAUAUUGUGUUUAAAGCAGGGUUUCAAGCAGUGUUUUGGUAAAUGGUACAAUGAGCGGCUGUGGCUGUGCCCGAUGAAGGGGCCGUAGGCGAAAUAUGAAUUUAUAUGAAAGAUGAAGCUGGCUUGCAGGCUAAUAGGCGGCGGUAAGAAGUCUUUUAUCCAGCGGUAGACCGCCGGUAUCCGGUUCUUUUCGAAAUCCUAGGCUUUAAGUAUAUCCUGAGGCUUUUCUUAAUGAAAAGAAGUUAGUUACAGCUUCAACAAGCAAAAUAUCGUUCUAUUUUAAUGAGGAGUGCGUUAGAUGAAAGUCACUAAUAUGCAAGGGUUUUUUUUCAUUACUGUUACAAAUUAGUAGCAAUUAAGAAGAACUGUGGCUGUGUGGCUUACAGAAAGCAGGAUUAAAUUUAUGUGCGUCCUCAAGGACAACACUGCGAUUCACUAAUUUAUAUCAAUACUAACAGAUGUAAGUUAAAUGAAAGGUACAGAUAGCAUUCAAAUUUGACAAGCUUUGCCUCUGCAUCGACGAUUGGCGACUGUCUUCGGAAAUUCAUCCACACGCCUUCUCAGCCAAUCUCGUACAAAUUCCAAACUGCGCUGUUUUCCCGUCAGGAGGACGGUAUCUUAAAUUAUGGGAGAACUCUCAUAAGCUAGUUCGAAUGUCAUUAUUAUUUGCUUGGCUGGCCAUUAUAAUUACUUAGGGAGUUUUAAAGUGAUUUACUAAAUGUAAUAAACAUCACAAGGACUUCUCUCCAGGACCAGCCGACCUAUCACUCCGAUGCGAACUAGAGAGAACUGCGAUCACGUCGCACACAGUUUUCCCGCUCCUUAGUACAUGGGGUUACCCUUGCUUGUUUUAAAUCUCGCUGCUUUCUUGUUUUUGUUUACUUUUUUCUGGCUGGACUUUAUGAUGACUUUGGUUUGGUUUUGCGAUGGCCAUGACAAUUUGCUAACAUUAUAAUAACUGUUUUUGACUCAUAGGGUGACGAGGAAGACAUCUAAAGCAUCGUAAUUGUUAAUACGCCGAAAUGAUCAGUAACAUUAGCGCUAUUCAAACAAAGAAAGCUUCCUACAGAGAGAGAAAGUCGUCAACCUUGUGUCGACCAUCUUCUGGAUAUCCUUGUCUCGAUAGGCUCAAAAGACGCCGCCCAGAUGCCAAAGUGAUUAUCAAUGUUGGAGGACGUAGAUUUGUCACGUGGAAAAACACGCUGAAACGUUUUCCUCAAACGCUUCUGGGCUCAGAAGAGCUUGCAGCGCGUUUUUAUGACCAGGAUAGAAAGGAAUAUUUCAUAGAUCGCGAUCCGCAUUUAUUUCGAUAUAUACUAAAUUAUUAUCGUUGUGGCAAACUCCAUCGUUCGUUUGAAGAUUGCAAUGCAUCAUUUGAAGAUGAACUCUCCUUUUACGGGAUUAUGCCACAAGAGGUGCACGACUGUUGUUUUGACGAUGAUAAUGAAAACGAUAACGCUGAUGAUAGCAAAAGCACAGCGUCCGGGUCGGUAUGCGACAAAACCGAACAUGUAGUAACUCGAAGUUUGAUAGGACGAGCUCGAAAUUGGAUUUGGGUUUUACUGGAAGGCGAGGCGGAUUCCGGCUUCAGAGCGUUUUUUGGGAUGGUCAUCAUAUACAUUGUGGGACUUUUUAUCAUUCUUAGCAUUUUUACAACUGUCUAUGAAACUGUACCUUGCGAAAACGUGGAGAAGGUUUGCAAGGAAAGAACUCGAAUCUUGGAUCUAUUGGACAACAUUUGCGUGGGUGUUUUCAGCGUGGAAUUCUGUCUCAGACUUCUUGUCUGUCCGAAUAUUGUGGAAUUCGCUAAGAACCCGAUGAACAUCAUCGAUUUUUUAUCGAUCUUGCCUUUUUAUUUAACGCUGCUAUUAGAGUCUGUGGUAGGAUCAAACUUAGAAGCUUUUGUAGUUCUUCGAGUUUUGAGAAUAUUUAGAGUUUUCAAGUUAACAAGACAUUCCAAACGUCUGCAAAGAUUUGGCGCAGCUAUGGCCAGCUGUGUUGGAGAUCUCACCUCGUUGAUGUUUGUUUUAAUUAUUGCUGUCGUGGUUUUUGCAAGUAUGAUAUACUUUAUUGAGCGCGACGCUGUGGAAGGAAAGUUCAUUAGUAUUCCUGACAGUAUGUGGUAUACCAUCGUUACCAUGAUCACACUGGGGUGAGUUGUUCAUACAGCAGACCAGCUAAUACCCCAUUCAUUCCAGCAGAAUAUGUUUAGUUAAACCGGGUUGAACUGAAUGAAAAUCAGAGACAAAAAAUGCGUUAAAUUUGAAGUCGGCAAACAUCGCUUUGAUCAGCUUUUAUGAUAAAAAAAAUUCAAAACCGUUUUUAACAAAACAACCUUAAAACAUGUUUGAACUUCAGUGUGUAUAAGGUAUAACUUAUGCUCAGCUUUAGCAUAUAAGUAGAAUAAAAAUGUAUUUUGGCUAUGUUGCAUAAAUUUGAUUGCUAGUUAUGACUAAAUUAAGAUAAGUAAUUUUUGCCAUAGAUGUAUUAGACUGAGUGUGGGAAGUAAUGCAGGAUUAUAUAUGCUAAACUAAUUUAUGCUCGCAUUUUGAUUCGUUCUCAUCUAUAAUCUAUUGGAGGACAGGCGCAUAUUGGAGGCAUGACGUCACCCAUGAUUAAAAAAUUUUACUUCUUUAUUACAUAAAACAAAUAGAUUCUUUGUGAUCGAUUACUGAACAGGCGAACGCGUACGCCAACAUGGAAUUUGAUCGUUAAGUUAUACAAUAGGCUAGAUUAUUAACGCAUUUUGAUCGGUGAGCACUUAUGAUCUAUUGGAGGGCAGACACACAGAUAACAUCGUCAUUAAAAACGUUUUUCUUCUCUUUUAUACAAAAUAAAUAUAUUCCAUUUUGCUGUGUGGUUAGAGUAUCAGUGACCGGCACAAUCAGCUGCGCCUCGUGUGUUAUUUUAUAGUACUUGCCACAUAAGGACAUCAUCUGUGAUCUAUUGCUAAAAAGGCGCAUGGCACCAUGGAAUCUAUUUGUCAAAAAUGCAUCAUUUCAGUGCGCGCUGACUCCAAGAUUUUUAAUUUUUCUCUUUAUUUAUUUAUUUAUUUUCGUUUUUCAGGUAUGGAGACAUGGUCCCGUCCACAUUUUUAGGUCAGACUGUAGGAGCCAUAUGUUGCGUGGCUGGUGUCAUACUGGUCGCUUUGCCGAUACCUAUAAUUCAAGAGAAAGACAUCUUCAAGAAACAGAUGCUCAGCGUUUAUAAUGUGGACGAUUUGCAAAAGAAAAUUAAGCAAAUGAGGAAAAGUGCGGACAGACAAGAGCGAGGAGAUCCCUCGUGAAUUUAUUAACCUCGCAAACUCUAAUAUCGAUAUACGCAUUCUCAUUUUCUACUUCCAUACGUUGCUUGUUAUAAUGGUUGGGAGAAGGUACUUUUUGGUCAGGGACUAAGAGAGACUUAAACCAAGAGACUGAGUCCUCUACGGGAUAAAAUUUCCUAGAGUGACAAGAGGAAUUCUGGAGCAGUUAAAUUCGUUUUGCUUUACUGUAUGCUACGAUUAUUUUUAGAGAAGCUCGCGUCUCUCUCUCAAUCAAUGAGAUGCAAAACUAAUGCCAUAAACGUUUUGAUGGUACUUGCGUUUUCCUGCGCUUCUGGCAGUUUAAUAUUUGUUUUUGGGGCUUUUACUUCUCAUCAGCUGCUUGCAGUAAUUUCCUUUUGUCUGAUUGGCUGUUGAAGGCGGUAACCUUCAUUUUGCCUUCAUAAUAACACUGAAGUGAAACCCGGCUUGUAGGUUUUACUCGGGAAAUAAUCCCUAUCAUUUAACCUUAGAAAAAUAAAACAAUGUUGUAUUGCCCUUGUUAUACUAAAAAAAUUUCAUUCCUAAUUCCUCUUCAAACUUUGACCCCUGAGAGUGACGAGCAUAUAACAUCUCUACACAGUAUCAUCCCUGAAACUCACAGUAAUGUCACCAGAAUAAAGGAAACGAUUGUAAAUUCAAUAGAAGAAGGAUAUUAAGGCGCUCAACCUUUUUUGAAAUUAUUGUCAUUUGAAUUAAUGAAUACUUUUGCUACGGAUUCAGAGCAUUUGCGACGUGCAAAAGUUAUUUAACUCUGUUGGUAUGUAAACGUCAAAGGGGUAAGAAUAAGCUGAAAGGAAACAAGGAUGGAUUAGAACGGAUGUGUGAUAGACUGGG